GGCACCCUCCAGUUGCGCGGGCUCGGGGCCCGGUCCCAGGGUUCAGGGUGAGCGCCCUUUGGAAAACCCAGCACCUUGAAGACCCUUUAGAAGCUAGGACUGGAAGCCGCGGAACCAAAGGCAGCCAGUCCUUGGUUGCAGGGGCGGACGUGAGCCCAGUCUGUCCGUCCGCAAGGUUCCCCCCCGGGCUGGGACCUAGACGUGCUGCAGAUUCAGGUUCUCGGCGUCGCAGUGGGGCUCGCUGGCCCGAGGUAAAGGCCGACUGAGAACUCUCCGUGCCCCAGAUUCGUUGACCUACAUACAGAAUGCUUCGGUACUCAUAUUUUUGUAGAAUAUGUAAAGAAUUUCCAUCUUGCUGGUUGGAAUUUGGCAUGCUUAAUUUAGGUGUCUGGCCAAAAAAAAUACACAAUACAGCAGAAGGAUAUAAUGACUAUGAAGCCCAGGGACAAUCAGAUCAAACUGGAGCUCAGGAGUUGCACAAAUCUCAAGAUAGAGAUUCUGAAGCUAUGGCUGAAUUACACGUUCCAGUAAUGGUGGAUGAAGUUGUUCGUUGUUUGGCACCACAGAAAGGGCAGGUUUUUCUAGAUAUGACAUUUGGUUCAGGAGGACACUCAAGAGCCAUACUACAGAAAGAGUCAGAUAUUACUCUAUAUGCCUUAGACAGAGACCCUACAGCUUACGCAAUAGCAGAACAGCUUUCAGACUUAUAUCCUAAACAAAUCCGAGCCAUGUUGGGCCAAUUCAGCCAAGCAGAAGCCUUAUUAACGAAAGCUGGAGUACAGCCAGGGACUUUUGAUGGAGUUCUUCUGGAUCUUGGUUGUUCCUCCAUGCAACUUGAUGCUCCUGAAAGAGGUUUUUCCAUUCGGAAGGAUGGUCCAUUGGACAUGAGGAUGGAUGGUGGCAGGUACCCUGACAUGCCCACCGCUGCUGAUGUUGUGAAUGCUUUAGAUCAACAGGCACUUGCAUCCAUCCUCAGGACAUACGGGGAGGAGAAGCACGCCAAGAAAAUCGCUUCAGCAAUCGUUCAGGCACGUAGCAUCUACCCCAUCACCAGAACCCAGCAGCUUGCCAGCAUCGUUGCAGGUGCAUUUCCUCCCUCUGCUAUUUAUGCACGAAAAGACUUGCUACAGCGAUCUACCCAUAUUGCUACCAAGACUUUCCAGGCUCUUCGCAUAUUUGUGAACAAUGAGCUCAAUGAACUCUAUACAGGACUAAAGACAGCACAGAAGUUUCUGAGACCUGGUGGCCGACUUGUUGCCCUCUCUUUCCAUUCACUAGAAGAUCGUAUAGUAAAACGAUUUUUGCUUGGGAUAAGCAUGACAGAAAAGUAUAACUUAAGUGUUAGACAGAAGGUGGUACAGACAUCACAACUGAGUUCAGGUCCUGAAAACAAGGAAGAAGUCUCUGCAGGAAGAGCUCGUUUAAUGUGGGAAUUGAUAAACAAGAAGGUACUUACUCCAGAAGAUCAAGAUGUACAAGAAAACCCCAGAGGACGCUCAGCCAAGCUUAGAGCAGCUAUCAAAUUAUGAGAAAGUGACCAUCACCUGGUCUUCAAAUUUUAGUUUCUUUUCAUUUUGUUAUGUGAUAUUCCAGAACAGGUUGUGAUAGCUUAAAGUGUGAGAUAGUUUUGAAAUCGAUGGCAUUUAGCAUUAUUAUUUUUAUCAGAAAUGAAUUUAGGAAAUAGGAGCAUGACACAGGAAAUUCAACACAACAUAUCUGAAGGCUGGAAAAAUGUGUUUAUAUUAUAUAUGAUUUUUUUUCUAUGACCAGGAAGUUAGAAAAAGCAACUACUACUGUUGUGUUUAUCUAAAAUCAUAAACUGAAAUUAUCAAGAGAGAAACUAUUAUAAUCAUAUUUGGAUGCCCUAAAUUCUUAAUUUAAAUGAUCAGAUUUUCAAUAGACUUUUUAUAGCUAAAAUAGUGAUGAUCAUUGAAUUAAUUUCAAUUUCCCUACUUCUAAAUAAUUAAUCACUAUAGUAGUUUUAGCUAUAGGCUUUAUACAAGUUUGAAAAUUUCAAAUAUUUGGACUGGUAUUUUGACGUAGUUUAUAAAGUCGCCACUGCAAUGCCAGCAUUCGAUACCUAUGCCAGUUGAACUCCCAGCUACUCCACUUAUGAUCCAGUUCCCUGCUAAUGGCCUGGGAAAAGCAACAGAAGAUUGUCCAAGUGCAGACAAUUGUUUUACUGUAGUCUAUUUAAUUUUAAUUGUGCCCAUUUUAAAAAUAGCCCAAGAGCAGGCUUUUAAUGCAACAGUUAAGAGUCCACUUAAGCCAGCUGUGUCUCACGUGAGAGUGUCUAGAUUCAGUUCUUGGCUCCAACUCCUUGUUCAAACUUCUUGCUAUUGUGGACUCUGGAAGGCAGUGGUGAUCUCUCAAGUUACUGGGUUCCUGUCACCCAUAGGUGAGACCUGAUUUGAGUUCCUAGCUCAUGGCAUCAGCCUGGCUCAGCCCUGGCCAUUGUGGACAUUUGGAAUAUGAACUAGCAAAUGAGAGAGCUUUCUCACUCUGGCUCUCUCUGCCUCUCAAAUAAAUAAAAUAACAUUUCAUAUGCUCUUAAUAUGUCAGAAUGCCUUCUGUAAAUAAUAAAUUUUCUUAUUUUAAUCCUGAAUUUUAGUUGAUCUAUUCAAUCUAAUUCAGCAGUCUAUUGAAAUAGCUGUCUGAUUUAUUCCACAUAUUAAAAUGCAAUGCUCUCUUAAUGCUUUUAUUUAGACAUAAUAAGUAAUAAGUAUAAAAUGUUUAUUCAGGAGAGAUGUCCUUGGUAGGGAAUUUUUAGCAAAUUGAUGAGAUUGAUUCAUAAUUCACAUGUCACCUUUUUGUGUAUAAAUAUACGCUUCUAAUUUAUUCACUUUUCAGCAAGUACUGAAAUUGUCAUUCAAGAAACACAGUUAAGUUAGGUACACGUGACCAACAGUACCUGUCCUAUGGAGCUAAUAGGCUAGUGGAGAAGAAUGAAAGUUAAGAAAUCAUAAAAAUCUGUACCAAAUGCACAGAGUGGUAAAUGCUACAAAGAAGUGGUUCACAGUUCUGGAAAAUUAGGAAGUUGCUCUACUGAAGGAGAUCAGGUAUGAGAACAUGAUGAAAGAUGAGUAGCAGAUAAUAAUAAGUCAAAGAAUACAUGAGGUGGGAAGGAAGUCAUGCUGAUUAAAGUACAUGUAAAUAAAUAUUCUGUUAGUUAUCCUGAAAAUCAUAUUAUGUAUUCUAAAUUGGUAAAUCAAAGUGAAUGAAAUUCGUCAUAUGGGCAAAAUAUAUAAAAGUUAAGUGGAUGAAUUUACCUCACACUUAUUUUUAUCUACAUCUAUGUUUAACUUUAGUGCCCAUGAUUGUUUGACUUUAAUUUAUGGGAUUGAUUUAUUUAAUUAUUUUAAAUUUUAUUAGAGAGAGAGCACAUGUGCUCAUUUCUGCUGUUUCAUUGCCUCGAAUUCCUAAAACAGCCAGGACUAGGCCAAAAUAAUUCAGGAGCUAGAAGCCAGAAACUCAGGAUCUCCCACAUGGGUGGCAUAAACCCAAUUACUUGGACCAUCAGUUCUGAGGAGCCAGAGGUAGAAAUUGAACCCAAACACUCUUGAUUUGGGACAUGGACAUCUUAACAGGUAUCUUAACCUCUAGGGCCAAAUGCUUGACUCUAUGUGUACUUUUAAAUUUGAAGAAGCCUAUAAUAAAUUCAGAAUUAAGAACUGAGGGAAGUAGUCUCAAAAUGGAAAUAAGGGAAUAGAACUAAGUCGAUCCCCUGAAUCAUACCUAAAGAAUUUUCUAAGUUUUUCUUCACGACAGGCAGGCCCUUAAUUCAAUGUGACUAUAAUCCUAUGAGAAAAGAAGAGAGACAGAAAUAGGGAGACUGUCAUGAGAAGAGGGAAGCGGAAGUUGGAAUUAUAAAUCUUACAAACCAAGGGACUCCACAGAUUGCAGGCAACCAUCCACCAAAAUGUGGGAGAAAAGCAGGAAGAGAUUCUCCAUCAGCGUCUCCAGUAGGAGGAACCAGUACUGUUGGACACCUUGAUUUUUGACUGCUCGCCUCUAGAACAGUGACCCCACACAUAUCUACUGUUUUAACCCGCUGACUGUGAUCAUUCGUUUGUGGCAACCCUAGAAAACUAAUACUCUAACAGAAAAAAUUCUUCAAUAAUAUGCAAUAAACAAAAUUGAUUUUAAAAUGUUUUAUAGUAAUUAUUUUCUGUAAUUAUGUUAUUUACAGCAUUCAUUUUUGCCUGCUUGUUAAUCUGUUGUGAGAAACAUAAUAAAAUACAUGAAUGAGUUUUAAAUGGUGUGUUCUGGAAAAUGGUUUGGGAACAUUCAAAUAAUAGACUAGAAAUACAAACCAUUAUGAUUUGCAGUGCUUUUCUAAUAAAAUAUUUCUGAAUCUGUUAACUGCCUUCUAAUUUGG